AUGUGUUUUACAAUCGAUCAAUUUAAACAGGCGUGUGGAUUUUUGCUACUGGGCGAGUUCAACACAUUUAUUUACUGCUGCAAAAAAUGUCAACGUGAAUUUGAUUCCGGUCCCAAUUUAGAGUUGCACAUUCUCUCAGAGCAUGAAGACAACAAGGGACACAUUGAAAAUAUCUUUGUGAAUGAUAAUAUAUUUGUGGAUAACGUUGGUGGCCAAAAAACGAAUGAACGUUUACCAACAGUUGAGGUAUCGAUGGCAAUCGGGCUGGUUGACAUAAAAACUGAAGUCGAAACACCGGAAGAAAGCGACAAAGUAUCGAUUGAUGUUGAAAGCAAGACAGAUGUUGAUUUUUCAAUGGAUUAUGACUUUAGAAACGACAGCAGCAGCAAUGAGUCAGUCGCUAAUAUUGAGGUUUUAUCAGCUACUAGGACCAAAAGAUCGAGAAAAGCAGAAAAAUUGGUUCAAACUCCAAAGAAUUUGGAGCAAAUCUCGAUGAAUUCAGGCAAAAAAUUGAAAAGUUCAGACCAAAAAUGGACCAAAUCAGGUCAAAGCUCAAAAACUCCCAAUAAAACGUCCAGAAGAAAAAUCCCACCAUGUCGAGUCAAUACAGAGUGCAGUGAUACAACAUCAAUCGAAAUGCCAGAUUUACAAUCAACCUCAAUGGAAAAGUCUGGCAUCAAAUCAGCAACGAAAAUCUCUUCACAAUCAACGAGUAAGAAAUAUCAAAGAGCGAAAAAGAGUGAUAGAAUCGGCCAAAAACCCAGCAAAGAAAAAGGCAAAAGGAAAUGGAAGCCCAAUCUAUUGGCUGUGUUCGAGUGUGAAAUGUGCCCAGGUGUGAUUUACAAUCACAAAGGAAACCUACGGCAGCAUAUGAAUACUCACGUCAAUGCAUUACAGCAAAGAACGUGUCCAAUAUGUAACAUCAAGCCCAGAAACUACGACAAACAUAUGAAAGUGAAUCAUAUGGAAGCACGUCCGUAUAAGUGCGACCACUGUGAUGCUACGUAUAAAAAUAAUUUGCAACGAGUGAUUCAUAUGCGAGCGCAUUCUGGUGAACGGCCAUAUAUUUGCUGCCAGUGUGGCAAGUCGUUUCGUUGUCAAUCGUCGAGAUACAAACACGAGAUGCGAGCGCAUUUGAAGAAAAGGGAUCAUGCAUGUUCGGAAUGUAGUACAUCAUUUUACAGUCCACAUCAACUCAAAGAACACUUUGACUCAGUUCAUCUGAAAUUGCGGCCGUUCCAUUGCGAUAUUUGCGGCAAGAAUUUCGGCACCAAAAAAUAUCUGUACGUACACAAAACGACACACAAAGAGAAACGACUGCCAUGCAGGUACUGCGACAAAAUGUUCAAACUGUGCGAGAAUCGGCUGAAACACGAGCGAGGCGUUCAUGGUGCGAUGUGAAUGGAUUUUUCAUUGGGUAAAAGGAAAAGUAGCGCAGAAAAGGAGAAAAAAAAUUCUUAUAAAGACAAAAUUGUUAUUUACAUUAAAAAUAAUUUAAAAAAGUAUAAAAAAAA